AUGUCGGCCUUGGAGGGUGAUGCUGUUAUCAACCCAUCAUCAGCUGUGGAUCUUUUCAAACCAUCCAAGCAAGUUACAAGCACACGGUCACCACCAAAGUUGCUUCGAGGAAUGGCUAUGCAUAAAGCCAUGCAGCAUGUGUACGGCUUACCGUCACCAAGUUCUACUACUACUACAGCAGCAUCAUCAGCAUCAACAUCAUCAACAUCAUCUGCAUCAUCUGCAUCAUCUGCAUCAUUGGCAUCUUCAUCAUUGGCAUCUUCAUCAUUGGCAUCUUCUUCAUCAUCUGCAUUGGCACCAUCAUCAUCAUCUGCAUCGGCAUCUUUAUCAUCCGCAUCAUCAUCAUCAUCAUCCUUAGACGAGCUUUGCGAAGCUCUUGAGAAGCUCGAUAUUUAUGAGCCAGACACGGAUGUACCAGAUGCCCCUCCUGGUACUCCUGAACAUUUACGAGAGAUCGUAGAGAAUGAGGACGCAGGUGCCUCAGAGCAAGCACAAGUCGUUGAAGACAUGCAAGACACAGUUAUGGCAUCACCAUCACCAUCGCCACCAUCAUUGCCAUUGCCAUUGCCACCACCACCACCUCAAGAACCACCGCUUUUAUAUACCCAAGUGAUGCCACAGCCAAUCACCAUUCAUCCGGAGGCCACACCGGAAGUAGUAGUAGCAGCAGUAGUCGCAGCAGCUGCAUCAUCAGCACCAGCGGCAUCAGCAAUACCUGUUGCAUCCAGCACAGAGAACAAGUGGGAUCCCACCACCCCCACUUUCAAGACCGCCACCAUCACCACCAAGGCCACCACCAUUAAUAUGACCAUCACCGCCACCUCCAUCACCGCCAAGGCCACCUCCAUCACCACCAAGGCCACCUCCAUCACCACCAAGGCCACCUCCAUUAAUACCGCCAUCACAACCACCAACACCACCCGCAUCCACAUCCUCGGCCAUGAAACAAGAGGAUGGACAGAGUUUGCACCACCAUCAUCAUUAUUGGAGGACGACGAUACCCUUGCAGAGAUCUGGGGUACCGAUUUUCUCGGUACCUCAGAUGUAGCAGUCUUCGAUGAAGACGCAUACCUCUCUAUUGCCAUGAGACCUCUCUUCAUUACAUUGGUGGCGGAUGACAAGACUAUCAAUUUGGCACGGGUCUCUUCAUUAUAUGGUGGUGGAGCCGAUGCGGAUGACAAGACUAUCAUUUGGCCCAAGUCCUCUCUUCAUUUUAUUGGUGGUGAAGUCGAUGCGGAUGACAAGACUAUCAACUUGGCACGGGUCCUCCUUUUGAACCUAUUCAUGAAUCAAUCCAUCCUUGGGUGCAAUUCGCAUGAGCACAAUUUGGCGGCAAUCAUUCUUACCAAGGAACAUCACACAAAGCAAUCGCACGGAUGUAAUGAGAGGCACGACUUUGGAAGAGGCAUUAUCAUUGGAGGAGCUCUAUGCCGGAAACAAUCAUCACAAGCAUCGAGCAAUUAUCACAGCUAUCAGGCUACAUCUGAUAUGGGACCACCACCAUGCCAAGAAAGCAAUCCUAUCAUACAACAAAAUCAAAAGCAAAUGCAAUAUCACAAAAAAAGCACGUCAGCAAAAAAAAAGGCAGCAGCCAUAUCAUACCUACAACAACGGUCCUCGAUCUUCCUGCGACAAAGCAAGUUCAAUCAUACAGAGAAAGGCUCUCUCAAUGGAGCAGACCUCAAUAUCAUUGUCAUGUAA